GACGUAAGUGCGUCUCGGUCUUCUGUACAAGCUAUAAACACACCGACUCUUUCCCUGACCUGGUGCCUCGGUCCACUAACGCAAGUGGUUCUAUAUCGUGCGAGAUGUCAACGAACGCGAACGCCGGCCUGGCGACGCGCAAAAAGGGGCGCCAGUCUUUCGCCAACGCGGUUCCCUCACGCUCCAUGCUCGUCUCGCCUUCCAGGCCACCACAGACACCGACGCGUGCGUUGCUCGAGCGGAUACGGCGACGAUCGUCGCUCGUGCCCAGCGACGUGCCAGCGCCCAACAGAGGCAAUAACACUGACGUCCUGUCCGGGCCAAGCGCAGCAAAUUCGGCCCGAGGACAGCUAAAGACAGGCAGGAGGAGCGUAGGGGCGAACGCGACGACCACGCUGACUGUUGGAGUUAGCAACAGAAGGAAGCCAAGCAGUUUGUCCAUCACGGAGGAGGACGAACAAGGACAAGAAGAAGACGACGAUGAACGCGAUGGCGAAGGAAGAGAUGAAUCCGAUUCAGACUCAGAUGUUGACUCUGGCGUACAAGAGCGGCCCGAUGGAGACGGAAGCUAUGAAAAGCCCGACCAUACAUCAGAGACGAUAGGCGAUGAAGCGAAUAUACUCGAAGACUACGAAUACCUGGACCCAGAAGAAGAACAGGUUGCGCUCGAGAGGCAGGUCGAUCAGCUGAUCGAGCUGAGCGAGGGCAAGGACGCUCGCAUCAUCGCGCUCGAGAAACAGCUCGAGGACAACAAGAAAUCGCUAAAGAUGGAGAAAGAGAAAGUGAAGCUCCUUCAGAAGCGCACCGAGGGAGGGGGUUUGACACGACAGGCGGCGGUAAAGUUGGAACGAGAAUUUGCCUCUCAGGAACUAAUCCUCAAAGGCCUGCAGCGAGACAACGAGAGCAAAACCAUCGAAGUAGAGACGCUUCGGCGGCGCCUGCGCGUCCUGACCGACUUCCUCAUCAGACAGUAUGGAGAGAGCGAUUGGGAGUCAGUCGUAGCAGCCUCUAUCAACAGCGGCGUCGGCCUUCCUCCCAUGCCAGAAGACGAAGUUGGGCUUGCUUCUGGUGGCGGCAGCGGUGCUGGGGGGGAUGCCUCUCAAGGCGCACAGUUUGGCAGUCCCGAGCGUUCUUUGCACCAGCUUCGACGCGAGGUCGAUGGUAAAGGCGGCUCGCCCACACCCAUCGCGCGCCUUCUCUCCCCUGGUCACACGGGCCGCCUUGCUACCGUGCCAAGUCGUGUAGAAGACCUGGGCAGCGGCAGUGGCACGGGUAAUGACUCAACUUUUUUCGAGCUGCAUCAGCGUGCCAAACAAUUGUUAAAAGGCGACGUGAUUGUCGACACUUCUCGCACGGAUUUCGACCGUGGUGACCUUGAGGGCAACGAUGCUGCAGCAACUCCAACCACUUCACCGAGCAAGUCGAUCACCGCCGACAUCAACUCUGUCAUCGCCAGGGAUGAAGAGGACGGCGAAGAAGUCCUCGCGCAAGCCAGCGAUGAGCGACGCGAGGCAGCUCGACGAGCGUUGCAGCAAGUUCCACGAACCAACUUCGGGACACACUCCAACAACACGACGCUGAUCGCCGGCCAGGUAUGGUCCACGCCGCUGCUGCUCAGUUCGAUUGAAUCCGUCCGCCUGCUGAUUCAGUCUUUCGAGAAACAAAAUGCGCUCAGGAAGGUAGAGCUGGAAGGGCUGAUGAGCGAGGCGCGAGAUGCCGAGAAGAACCUGGAAGCAAUGGAGCCGGUAGCUGCUUGAUGCAGUUUGGGCCGCCUAGAGGCCUCCUCAAAGAUGUGUUGUCUUCGAAUCCGAAUAUACCCC